AUGAUUCAAAAAGAUAUUGCCAAUGCUUGUGCAAAAGAAACAUUGAAAGCAAUAAUUGGGGACUUAAAUGGAGAUUACUUUGGUAUAUUAGUUGAUGAGUCAAAAGACAUCUCUCACAAAGAACAAAUGGCUCUUGUUUUGCGUUUUAUUAAUAAGAAUGGUGAAGUAGUUGAACGAUUUAUCGGUCUUGUCCAUGUUAGUGAUACAUCGGCAUGUUCAUUGAAGAAAGCGAUUUAUUCUUUGCUUUCCGUUCACUCACUAAGUCCAUCCAAAAUACGUGGACAAAGUUAUGAUGGGGCUAGUAAUAAAAAAGGAGAAAUAAAUGGGCUCAAAACUUUGAUUAUGAAAGAUAGUCCAUUGGCAUAUUACAUUCAUUGUUUUGCUCAUCAAUUGCAACUAACACUAGUGGCUAUUGCCAAAAAACAUUUGGAUGUUGAAGACUUUUUUGAUCAUGUUAGUAAUGUGUUGAAUGUUGUUGGAGGAUCUUUCAAGCGUAGAGACUUACUUCGUGAUCACCAUGCCAAAAAGUUAGAGCAAUUAUUUGAAUCCAGUGAAGUUCAAAAAGGCCAAAGAUUACAUCAAGAACGUGGGAUUCAAAGACCAGGUGAUACUCGUUGGGGAUCUCAUUUCAAAACUUUAGAUAACUUUAUUGUUAUUUUCUCAUCUAUUGUUCAUGUUCUUGAAGUGAUUGAACUUGAAGGGUCCACAUCAAGUGAUAGAAAUCAAUCGGAGUAUCUUUUGACAAAGAUUAAAACAUUUAAAUUUAUUUUUGUGCUUCACUUGACGUUGAAAGUGUUGGCAAUGUCAAAUGAGUUGAGUAAGAUUUUACAAAAAAAAGAUCAAGAUAUUGUUAAUGCCGUGGAGUUUCUUAAUAUUACAAAGAAAAGAUUGCAAGAUAUGCGGGAAAAUGGAUGGGAAUCUUUGUUGGAUGAUUUGGAUGAGUCUUCUUUUCCCGGAAAGUCAAAACCUAAGUCAUCGGGUGUUAGUUAUGCGCAUCACUUGCAUGUUGAAGUCUCUUUUGUUGUCAUUGAUGUGCAACUUCAAGAGCUUAAUGAUUGUUUUGAUGUAGUGAGUAGUAAUUUGCUUCUUGGGAUGGGUAGCUUGAAUCCGGUCAAUUCUUUCUCUAAUUUUGACAAAGGUAAAAUCAUGACUUUAGCAAAGUGUUAUCCAAGUGAGUUUGAUGAUGGAAAAAUUAGAGAUUUGAGCUAUCAACUCGAUACUUUCAUUAUUCAUAUGCGAAGUGGUAGUCCCAAGUUCUCUAACUUGCAAGGAAUUCGUGAUUUGGCAGAGGCAUUAGUUGAAGCAAAUCUCGCGGAGACUUAUUCACUUGUUUAUUUACUUGUAAAGUUGACUUUGAUUUUACCUGUUGCUACGGCAACUGUGGAGUUAAUAUUACAAAGAAAAGAUUGCAAGAUAUGA